CCCUGCGUACCUCAAGCUUUCUGAAGCCCAAUAUUCUCCUUUGAUAUACUGGAUCUUUUCUGCCUAUAGAUGCCUCCUAUGGGAAAAACGUUGUGCCUGCACCUGAAGACUCCCAGCUGGCCACGCAGAAAAGUGUGUUGCUUCUUUGGCAAGUGCUUCUGUGACUUAAUCACAUGGUUGUUUUGUGGGAAGCAUCUUGGAAUUUUAUAUAGCACCAAAAAAGAAUUAACUUUCUUACGACUGUUUCAACCAAUAUUUAUGGAAAUAACAUAAUACAGCUAUGAAGAAAUACUUUGUUUGGAAGUUAACGUGAUGUAUAGAUCAUUCUUUAUCAGGAGCCACCUAGCCAGUACACAGUGCAACUACAUCAUAUUCACAGCAGCACUGAAGAGCUAGGUUUCUCUUUCUGAUGUGUGCUUCUUUGAUUUAAACCAAAAUGUGCAUGAAGUUGAAAUAUAGCCUUGCAUAUUGGAUUAUCAAAUGAUACAAACAUACUGCAUGAAAUGGAGGAGAUCCUGGCCUCCUGCUGUGCUUAUGUACAUAGGGAAUAAAAGGGACUGCAAAAAGCAGAGCAGCAUUAAUCUUAAUGUCCAAGACAGCACGAGCAGGAUUUUUUUUGACAGCUGCAUUAACUUGCUUGCUACCAAUCUUUGAUAUGUCACUGCAGUCAAGUGAGAUCCUCGGCUUGGCUGAACCAGCUGAGGCCAAAUCUCAAGAACAGGCUGUUUGCUUUGUAGUUACCUCCUCACAGCUAUUAGUGCUGUUUGUCUUGAGACAGCUUAUUGUGAUCAUGGACAAGAGAGGACAAUUCAGAGCUUGGAAGAAGGUGGAAGGACCUAGCUAUUAGAGAACUACUUCACUCUUCAUUCUACUGGCAGAGUAGAAGGGAAAUCUGUCAGUUACAGCAGCUUACUUCUAAAGCUGUAAGUAAACGAGCUGAAUGCUGCCCUUACAGUCGCCGCUCCGCCGACCUUAUGACGUCACACACACGUGACCGUUCGCGCUCGAUGCUUUCUGUCCCUGUGCAGCCGCCGUACGGCCUGUCGGCUGUGCCGGGCGGCCGCCGCCAUGGAUUACCGCGCUGAGGUGAUGAGGCAGGCCGUGCCCGGGCAGUUCGAUGACGCGGAGUGCUCCGACGGUGACCUUGCAGAAGAUGCAGAAAUAAUUCAGGAAGAUGAGUUUGCUGAGAAAUGCCGGUCAAGCUUGUGCAAAGGAAUCAACAUGAAGGAAGGAGAUAGCGAUGAUGACAGUGUUGAUGAAGAGGAAGAAGAAGAAGAUGAUGAUGAUGAUGACUGGGACUGGGAUGAUGAGAUGGGAAGACUCAUGAAGUGCCACACUGCUGCUGGAUGCAGUCAGCAGGCAAAUAGGCAGACCCCUAGUUGCUAUUCAGCAAAAAUGUCUACCCCUACAGACAAGGCUUUGAGGAAAUUUGAACAUAAAAUUAAUUUAGAUAAGCUGAAUUUUGAUGACUCUGUUAUAAACAGAGUCACAGAAAAGUCUAGACAGAAGGAAGCAGACAUGUGCCGAGUCAAAGAUAAGUCAGACAGAGCAACGGUAGAGCAAGUGUUGGACCCAAGGACCCGAAUGAUUCUGUUCAAGAUGCUGAGUAGAGGUGUCAUAUCAGAGAUCAAUGGCUGCAUCAGCACGGGGAAAGAAGCUAAUGUGUACCAUGCCAGUACUGCAAAUGGAGAGAACAGAGCAAUAAAGAUUUACAAAACCUCUAUUUUGAUGUUCAAGGAUCGGGAUAAGUACGUGAGCGGUGAGUUCAGAUUUCGUCAUGGAUAUUGUAAAGGCAACCCAAGAAAAAUGGUGAAAACAUGGGCUGAAAAGGAAAUGAGGAAUUUAAUAAGGUUGAGUACAGCACAAAUACCUUGCCCAGAGCCAAUUAUGCUAAGAAGUCAUGUGCUUCUCAUGGGCUUUAUUGGUAAAGGAGAUAGGCCUGCUCCUCUGCUGAAGAAUACUCAGUUAUCUGACUCGAAAGUCCGGGAGCUGUACCUGCAGAUCAUCCAGUACAUGAGAAGAAUGUACCAAGAUGCCAGACUUGUUCAUGCAGAUCUCAGUGAAUUCAAUAUGCUGUACCACAGUGGGGAUGUGUACAUCAUUGAUGUCUCUCAGGCAGUGGAGCAUGACCACCCACAUGCAUUGGAGUUUCUGCGAAAGGAUUGUGCCAAUGUUAAUGGCUUUUUCCAGAAGCACAAUGUUGCAGUGAUGACUGUGAGGGAACUGUUUGAGUUUAUUACUGAUCCUUCUAUCACACGUGAGAACAUUGAUGACUAUCUGUCAAAGGCAAUGGAAAUAGCAUCAAAAAGAACAGAGGAGGAGAGAUCCAGCCAAGAUAAAGUGGAUGAGGAAGUGUUCAAGAAGGCUUACAUACCUCGAACUUUGACUGAAGUUAAAAACUAUGAGAGAGAUGUGGAUAUAAUGAUGAAAUUGAAAGAAGAGGAUUUGGCAUUGUGUGUUCAGCAAGAUAAUAUUCUCUACCAGACCGUGACAGGAUUGAAGAAGGAUUUGUCUGGUGUUCAGAAGAUUCCUGCACUUCUAGAGAAGAAGACGGAUGAGUCAGAAACAGGCUCUGAUGAUGAUGGUGGCAGCUCAGAGGACUCUGAGUCAAGCUGUAAAGAAUUUCGGCAUCCCAAAGAUCUUCCUGCUGUAGUUACUAUGGAUAAAAAGGAGAGGAAAAAGAUGGUUAAAGAAGCCCAAAGAGAAAAGAGAAAAAACAAAGUCCCAAAGCAUGUGAAGAAGCGGAGAGAGAAGACUGCGAAAAUGAAGAAGGGCAAAUAAGAUCAACUUUGGCUUGGGAAAAGGACUGAUUUGUUUCUAGUUAAUGAGUCACUUUCUUUUAUAAUUAAAAAUCCUUUAUUUACGUCAUACAGUACUAACUGUGAGGGUGGUCUCAGUGGCAGUGUGGUGUGAUUAUUUGACCAGACUUUAUGCUGUGGCUCUAGCAACAGGAAGGAACAAAUUCAACGCAUUUGAGCUUUUAAAAAUCCUUCUCAAGAUUCAGCUUGUUGUUAGACUCGCAUUGAUUUGUUUGUGGCAUCUUCCUCUCCUGUCUUACACUGUGUGUGUGCUGGUUCAUUUUGUUCCAGAGCGUUGAUUUGAUUCAAACAGAUUCUUGGAGGAGGGGGGAACAACAAAGAUGGGAAAACUACUUCAAGUAAAGGCCUGUGCUUCUGUGCUGUGAAGGCAGCAACUUAAGCUAGCUGUCUUCUGCAGGCUGUUGCAGCUAUCUGCAGGUAACCUUGCUGCCUCUGUGCUUUCAUCACCUUUUGAUGUUAUCUCGCUGAAAGCUGAAUUUCAUGAUUUGGGAUGCAACUUUUCUCAUUGCCCUGUUCCCUUUUGAAGCAACCAGACAGGCAUGCCUAAACAGACUAAAGCUGUGAUAUUUCUGUGUGUGUUGACCCCAGCAUGGGGCAGUGUUGCUCUUAAGGAAAGUAGGGCACACCUUUUUGUAGGCUGGCCAAAUGAAUAUUGGACAUCAAGAUUGCAUUUGUUCAAAUUCAGGGUGGAAAAGCUGUCAUGGGAGCUGUUUGUGGUGUGCCUCAGCACUACCUGUCCAUGUGCUGAGGUGUAUGUAGGGCGGAGCUGGCAGAGUUUGAAGAGUCCUUUGUGUUGGAGCAAAGGUGCCGUAUUCAAAACAUCCCACCUCUUCUCAUGGCAGCAACUUGGGCCGCUGAGGCUGACAGAGGCCUUGAGAGAGGUGUUGUCCUUGUUCAUCAGUCACCUUUCCCUGCUGUCAACAGUUUCAGGACUCCCUGUGCCAACACAGACAAGGGCUUUGAGUUCAGUAAAAAAAAAAAAUAAAUCUUUUUUUUUUUGUUUUCCCAUUUUAGGGGUGGAGUUGAUGCCCUGGGGAUUACACUUCUGGGAUGCACGUUGUUUGAUGAUAGAAGAAGGCUGUUAUCCGUCAGCAGGCAUCAAGCAAUGAUGGGUUGGCCAGAGGCAGGGUGAAGCUUCCUUCUCUAUUCUUUCCCUUCCGCACCCAUAAGAGAUUGUGGGAUGGUCACAGGCAAAGACUGAGAUGUUGGCCAAUUGCACACAUGGUUGCUCCACUAAGGAGCACGUUUCCUCAAAGAAAUGUGGGCUGCUUGCACUUCUCAGCUUGACCUCUACAAACCCUUCUGUUCCUUUGGUUAGAAUUGUGGUCAGUGCUUCCAGACACUUCCCUCCUUUUCUCCCUGUCCCCACAGGGACUGAUAGACUGUUACAUACAUGUUUAUGUAAGUGAAAAUGGGAUUGCUGGAACAUGUUGGGAAGCAAGACUGGUUUUGCCUCAGCAAGUAGGGAUGUUUGUUGGGAGCCCAUGGAAAAACACAUACAGUUUGGAAAAUGACAUUACAUAGGGUGCAAAAAAGGUGACUGCCUCUAACUUGGCAGUGAAGGAAAGGAGGGGCAUAAGACCUAUGUUCUGAGGUGAGCAAGUACUGCUGAUGGCAAAAUUAGUCCUACUAGCUGCAUUGAUGUAUUUUCUGCUUUUGCUUGCCAUCAUGGGAAUUGCGUAGUAACUAUCAGGCAAGUUGGCCUUCAUUAUAUCUGCAGUUAAUAUGGUUGGUGGUUGUCUUGAAUGCAAAAAGUCUUGUGCACUUUGCCAUUGGAUCACAUUGUAUCAGUCCCUCUUCUCACAAACUAACAGCUCUUUGGUGUAUCAGUGAUAACAUCCAUGUUUCAUGAAAGUGAUGCACUGGGAAGUGAGGGGGGGAGACUGGAGGUGUUAGCAGGGAAUUGUGUCCCUUCUGUUGCUUUCUUCUAGCACAGAGUUGUGCACUGGGCAAACCUCAGUGUGUUUUGUGAAAUGGGCCAAGGCUGAGUGAAUCUCUGACAAACUCUGCUCUAAGUUCAAGUAGGCCACUAGUGGGCUUCUCUGCUAGAAUACUGGUUCGUGGCUGGCUGUAAGGUUGGGGUUGCCAGAUGCAGAGGCAGCCCCAUUUUCUUUGGGAACUCUGAAGAUGAGGAUAAAUACUGGAUCUUGGUGUUGCGUCUGGAAGCUACUGAGCCAGAGUGUGUGUGCCACUGAGGGCUUUUGCCUUCCUUACCUGAGGAAGCACUUCAGAAAAUGGAGGCUGCUGUGAUCAGGGCUUGAGGGAAGAAGAACUGUCCCAGCUCACAUAGCCUCGUCUCCCCUCCAGGCUGUGUUGCACAGCCUGAUCAAGUUUGCCCAGCUCUAGCCAUCUGGUAGUGUGAAGGUGGGCCUGAAUCAGCUGUUUAGGAGCAUUGCUUGCAGCUGUGUGCAGCAGGACUACCUGAGAAGGCUAUGCAAAGCUGACUUUCUGCCUCAGGUGCUUUUCUGUAGGUAUGUAGUCUAGGUAUUUGCAAAGCAUCUGUGGAGGAGCAUGCACAGAUGAGGAGCACAGAAGAGCCUGUGUUUUGCAAGUGCAGGUGACCUGAGGAUAACUUGCAGCUGGGAAUGCAUUUGUUGAGGUGGGCUGUGAGAGCAGUUCAUGUGCCCUGGCUACUGCAGGCUUGAGGUGUGGAGAAGUCCACAGGCACUGGGUGGGCCAGAAGCACUUUGGGCAAGGGCCAUGAGGUGAGCCUCCUUUCUGGUGAACUCUGUAUCAGGAAAUAGGCUAUUAAAGAUACAUCAGGGACACACAACUACCUAAUGAGGUCAGUCUAGUGGUAGGUGGAGUAGAUGAGAAGGACUGGCAUUUGUUUGUAUCCUGUACUAAAGAAAAAACUGAAUAUCCUAUGCUAGUUUGAACUUGAAAGCUAUGUUGUAUGGACAUCAGUGUAUGAUGAGGUAGGGUGUUUUUUCCUGAGUAAUAGGAUCUGAAGAAGCCUACUUGCUUUGCAUUUGCCAUGGCAACAUGUUUAUUGCAUACUCUGUCACUGUUAUCUCUGCAGGUGGAGUAUUGCUAGGGUAGGAAUGCCAGUACCUCCUAUAAGAACUGGGUCACAAGCAGCUUAAGGUAAUGCUGCUGCUUUACGCUUCCUCUUUUCCUUCCUCUCUCUUAUGGAAGUUACUGAUAGGGCUCUGGGAUCUCCUGUGGGCUGUGGGAAGUGUAACACCCCUGUGGAGCAACAUGAGUGAACAAACUGUGUAGAGGUUGGCCAUGGGUAACUGGUGGGCUGUGGCUGCUGCAGAUGGCUGAGAUGGGUUACAGCAGUGCUGAGGCUGAUGUGAUAACUAUCCCUUAGGCGGAGAGAAUUCCUUUCUGUUGACCGCAGAUCUGCUGCUCCUUCAUUCUAUUGCUCACAGGGUAUUCAAGUGUCAAAAUGUAGCAUCCAGAUGAGUUUCUUUCCCCCUUCUGAAUGAAAACAUCUGUACUGCUGUCAUGACUUGAACUCAAGCUGCUCUGUCACCGUGGCUUUGGGAAUGUUUCUGUAAGCAGGACUGUAUAUUGUCUGACACGUUUGUCAAAGUAUGCAUGUUUUGUUAUCUGCGUUCUCCGAAAAUGGAUGGGAACGCAGUUCUGUCAGGCAAUUGGUAUGAGUUUUUACAGCUGCAAAAGAAACAGCACGGCUAACUGAACUGCUUUAACACUCUUUUUCUGGCUAAAAUAUAAAGACUAAGUAUCUGAAGUACCACCUAUGAAAUCAAAACACCCAUAUGUGAAAUGUUCAAUUGGAGAAUCAGGUGGGGUAAUUUAAGAGAGGACUAUAGCCUUGUUUGGGGGAAGUAUAGUGAAGAAGACCACAUCCUAAGGCUGGUAUUUAGUUCUGCUCAGAACAUGAACCCACAGGGCAUGCUUCUGUCCCCUGGUCUGGUGCUGUGUGUGCCAUCAGCUGCCAUGUGAGGAGGUUGUGGUAGCAUCACCCAUGGUCGUCCCAAGACUGGUGGCUCAACCCUGUGGUGUCAGUGCAGGGAGGAGUGCAGUCAAGGCGAGAGCUGAGGCUCCUCACUUUGGACAGGAGAAAGUGAAAAAGCAGGAUGAGAGGCUUAAGGAAUUAUGGAAACAGCAAAGAAAGUUAAUGCUCAAGUGUUGUUCACCAAACCCUGCAAUAGUAGUUAAAGGAAGCUUAACCUGGUGGAGGGUUGGUUUGAAGCAGGUACAAGUACUUUUCUUGGGACAGCCCACAACAGUGCAGGUAAGCAGAGGUUGAAAGUCAGUUCUCUAAUGCUGAGGUGCUGUUAACUUUUGUAACUUUGUAUUUUUAGACAGACUGAACAUGUGGAAGGCGUCAGAUUCUCAGAUGUGGGUCAGAUACUCAGAGAGAUGCGUUUCUUGGAAUUCACAGCCAAAAGAUCUAGUGAUAUUUGAAAGCAUACGUCAUACAGUGGAAGUAUUUACAACUGCUAUCAAAGACAAAAGCAUAAAAAAGCAAUUUAGUCCUAUUGUAGGACAUUCCAGAGCAGUUCUCAACUGCCAGUCACUGAGCCUCAGUGGGAGGAGAGGAGUAAGAAGUACUCUCAGCAGGUAUCUUCUGUUCCAUAAAAGUUGAUCUGUGAGGUGUCUGAGUUUUCUUCACUUUUUUCCCCACCCUGUCCAUCUUCCUAAAAUGCAGUAUGGCCAAUUUGCCUUCUGAACUGUUGUGAAACUGCAUCUCGGUUCUGAGGACUUCACCAGUCCUUCAGUCUGACACUGAUUUGUUGCUUCUCCCAUGCUGUGGGUCUUACAGUACAUAGCAAUAGAAGGACUGGGAGGUGGAGGUUGUGGAUUUAGUUUCCCCAUCGUGAGGCCAGUAGAACCAGCUUUGCAUGUAAGGAGCGGCUGCUUAGAGAGUUUUCAUUUCAUUUCUGUGCUGAAAUAUUUUGGUUGAACAAUACAAAACUAGCUGUGGCAGGCCUCUAUAGCUCAGGCAUGCUUGCUUUUGGCAUGUGUGCCCAGACAAGAGUCGCAGUGAUGGUCCCUCAAGAUAUGAAAGAAGUGAGGCUGCUGUUUUCUGAGGAUGAAUGUGCCCUGCAGCUUUUGUUCAUGGCCAGUUGAGAUGCUACUGAUGUAUGGCUGCAGAGGUGGAAGAGGAUUCCAUGAACAUUCCAUUACUUUAUUUAGCAAUGGGGUGUUGUAGAGGUGAGGCACCAAUACAGAACAUGUUGAGUGCUUCUCAGCGUAUCCUUAAACCUGUGGGAUGCUCCCUGGGGAUGCUUGCAGAAUGAUGAGAGACUGCAGUGGUUGGGAAGCGUAUGGAGGUCUCCCAUCUGUUUACAUGGAAUUGCCUGUCUCCAUUUCUUUACAGAGAAAGUAUUUGGACACUCAGUGAGCGAGGAAGCACUCAGAAGUGGUUUUGCCACUUUUAAUGAAAUUUAAGAUGCUGUUUGGUAAAGAGCAUCACAAAUAAUUUAAAUACAGUAAGCUGAAUGAGAACUCAUUUCUGAGUUUCUAUGGCAUUGCUGUAAAAAAUAAAUACAUAAAUCUGUAACUUGCUGUUUUUACAGUUGUACUUUUUGUCCUUCUACAACACCGAUAGACUUUGGAAGCAGUACCACUGAGCUCUAUCUUAGUGUCUCAUGGCUUUCCUUGUCUUGAUGUGAUCUUACUUCCUUGUGCUUAUUUUCAUAUCCUCUAGAGGGAGAAGUAAGCUGCUCAGGCUGUUGGAAGGUCUGCUGAGAAUGAAUUAGUGUAUGAACAGUGCUAGUGAUGUAAAUUUUGAUGGAUCUGUAUGUGGCACCUAAGCCUUUUAGUUCUCCUGAAUUUGUAGUUCUUGGGCAAAGUGUUAUGCUCUCAAAGGUGAUAGUGUCAUAAUUUGUUCUGGGCAGGGCUCCAUCUGGUGUUAAUGAUGGAUUUAGGAUGAGACUGCAGGCAGCACAUGACAAACUCCAAGGAGACAUUUUUCCUGUGUGUAUGAAGACCUGUGGUGAGAAUCUAAAACAUCCUAAGGAUGCCACUCUGCAGCUGUUCAAACUUGUGGGCAUAAACUACAAUCUUGUGUAAUGCAAUAGACAGUAACUGCUUUCCCAUAAGAACUAGCUGUAAGCACAGUUUGACAGCUGUUACUCUCUUCUCCUAUGAUUGUUUAUUUUCAAAGGGCAGAAAUAAGGACAAACUUGGCCUUUCUUCAUGGCAUGCGACAACCCGCCUCUGAUCUCUGCAGACUGCGUGGACCUGUAGCCUACAGCACUGGAUUUAGGAUGUUCUCUAACCUAGCCUGGAGAUCUGUGUCUGCUUUGAAGCUCUCAGAGGCCAUAAGAGGGGGAUUGUUGAGCAGGAAUGGCUACUGGCAAUGUUGCUUGGUGUUUGAUUCUUGUUGUGUAUUUCGGUUUUGGAUUUGGUGGGCUUUUAAAAUUGUUUUAAGAUAUCUGAUUAUAUUGGGCUGCUGCACAGCAGGAAGGCUGUGACCCUUAUCUUGGUAUUAAUACUGGGCUAAGAGAGUGAUGGGGAUGGAGAACAGAAAGUUUGGCCUGUGGCUAGCUUCUGAAGGACACUUGAAGCCAAAGAGUUUACUUGGUGUUCCUUUUCUUAAGCUUUGCUUUUCACCUCCCUUUACCUAAUCUGACCCCUGGCUCUUGCAGCUUGACGUGAGCACCAUGCUUGAGGCAGAGAGAUGUUGUAGGCCAUUACCAGCACUUUGGCUUGAGAUCUUGACAGCAAGUUUGAAAAGAUUUAUGGAUUCUUCACUAUGUAAUUCUGUGUCUGUGAGGUAUAUGAGUUACAGCAACCUUAACAAUAUAACUUUUAGCCUAUAAAUAGUCAAAGCAGGUUGGAGUCCAGGUUUGGAGAGGGAGGGCUGGAUAAGCAGGCUAGGUCGGAAGAUGAAGUGUUGAGGUGAGGUCAGGUAUGUAAAGUUUUUUGGUUUUGGUUUUUUUUUUUUUUUUUUUUUGAGUAAUGUUUCCUCCUUCCAAGCAUUCCAGUGUUGAUGUGUGUGCUACUGCUGAUUCUUUUGGGGAUAUGCAGAUCUUGCAGAGCUGCAAGUUGGCUGGAGUAGAUGAAGGUGGAUGCUACCUAAAAAUGCAUAGCACAGGGUUUGACUGUCUGUUCAAUUCAUUCUUUGUGUGCUUAGGAUAAGAUGUUGCUCGUAAUGCUCUUAUGCUACUGGUAAGAAUAGAAACCCGAGAAAUUUUUGUCUUCUGUCCUCACCAGCCUUCUCAUUCUGCAGUCCUCUGAUGUGCACGAGCUUGCAGAGUAUGAGUUUGCAUGCCUUGCAGAGUGUUAGGUCUCUUUGGGCUAUAAAUUAGCCUCAGUGUGGACUUGAGCUACUACUAUGGAUGGUAGACUUCAGGCCUAUCAUGUAUUUGGGCCCUCAAGGGAAUGUAAGGAGGCAAAAUAAUGCAUGGAAACACUGUUGGUACAACUUGUUUUGCUGUAAUAGUGGUGAAUGUGAAGAACAGUGGUUCUUUGGAGGUGGUGACAACUCAAAUGAUGGAGCAAGUCUGGAUGAGCAAAGCUAGCAAGGGAAAAAGUAGUUGAAGAGAGGAGCUGUCAUGUGGUGAUUCUCCAGCACCUUCUGCACCAUCCCUUGUUCUGGAUGCUGUCAUUAGUCUGUCUGCAAGUUGCCCUUCCUUAUUGGCCCUUCCUUGGUUGAUCAGUGCAACCCAGGGUGCUAUUCACUGUUGAGGAUUGGUAGGGAGCAGACCAAGGGCUUCAUCCCCUGAAAAGCUUGAGUCCUGGUGCAACUGAUGGGAGCUGAGAGAUGGGAGGAUUAAACAGAGCUGAAGAAUUCCUAUCUGAGCAGGGGUGAAGGAUGUGUUUCUUGAGGAUAUCUUUUGACAUUCUAUUAUGUUAGUAUUAGUGGAAGAGAAAAUAAGUAGUUCUUUCAGAGUUCUAAAGAAAAUGUCAGUUAUGUGGCUUUAUUUUGCCAAUUAUCAUUACUACUUACAGCACUGGAAAGGACUGUAAAGGAAGAAAAUACCCUAUUUACAAUGUUCUCUUUAAAUCUCUUGCAUUAAGAUGCACUUUAGUAUUACAUACAUCACAGAUGAGGCAUAAAAUCUGUGUGAUCAUCACAGAGAAAAACCAGCUUUUUUCCUACUGCAGUCAAUCAAACUCUACUUUUCUUUAUUUCUUUAAAGGGCAAAAUUUAUUACUGUAGGAAGUCACAAACCAAGUUGAAUUUGGCCUCAUUCAUGGCUUACCAAGUAUUUAGAUGAAUUUAAAGCUUUCCUAAGAUGUCGUUGUACUAAGGAACAUGGUUUAGUGGGGAAAUAUUGGUGGUAGGUAGGCAGUUGGCCUGGAUGAUCUUACAGUUCUUUUUCAACCUUAGUGUUUCUAUGAUUAGCAAGCCCUUGUCAGACAUGUUGUAUGAGCUUGUUUCUCCUCCCACUGGUGAGCCAGGAACUCCCUCUCAUCUUCUUCAUUUGGGGAAACCAGUAGCAGUGCCCAAAGACGCUCCUGCUAAGUGAUUUCCACUUAAAAAUGAAACGUCAGCUUUCUAUGACCAACCCGUGUAAUUGAUGGACUCCCUGUAAAAGAGCCGGAGUCCCCUGUGGCUGCCUGUGUAUUGCAUUGUGCAGAAUUAAAGGAUUCCUGUUUGUAUUGGAUCAACAAUACCUGUACUGUUUGCUUUGAAGCAUGUUUAAUGAGUCCAUUUUAUUGAUGGUAAGCCUGGGUGGUGCGCUGUUCUCUUCCUUUGAGAUGCUGGAAGUAUUAGAGAUGGGAACUGAGAGUAACGAAAUGAGUUUGGUGGUGAGACUUAAGUGAAAAGAAAACAUAUUUCAUUGAGGCUUGAAAGUAACCUGCUAUUGGCACUGAAUUCUGGGCAGCCAGGAGAAACUAUCACACAGUUUGUGCGGAAGGGAAAGAGGACAAGUGAGAGAGGAAAUAAUCUGGCAGAAGUGGGAUGCUUCAACACAAGGUGCAGCUUAUGGAGAGCUGUCAGCAUGCUCUGUGCUAUGAGCCACGUGUGUCUUGGGUAAAAAUGCAUAAUAAGGGCACGUUGAGACUUGAGCCGGCCUCCUUGCUGCUGCUUUUUGCUAUCUCAUAGUUAUGUCAGUCAGGACAGUGAAGAGAUAUAAGUUCCCUGACCAGUGUUGCAGCUCUUGCAAAAGCCUCGAGAUGGUGAUGUCUUCUGACAGCUUGCUUCAUACGUAAGGGGCAGCACAGGCAAAAGAUGAAAAGAUUUCAGUGGGAAGGAAGCUAAUAACAAGCACAUCAAAACAAGCUUCAUAGGAGAGGUUUUAACAUAGCAUCACAGGGAGCAAUUCUUUGCUGAUGUAAUGGAGUCCACCAGAGGUGUGCUUGGGAGCAUGAUACACUGCGGAUUUAUGCUAUAAAGACUCCCAGGGUAGCUGUAGCCUUGCAUCUCAGGGGAGAUUUGGGUUGGAUAUUAAGAAAAACUUAUUCUCAGAAAGAGUGGUCAGACACUGGAAUGGGCUGCCCAGGGAGGUGAAGUCACCAUCCCUGCAGGUGUUAAAAGAUGUGUGGAUGUGGCACCGAGGGAUGUGGUUAGUGGGCAUGGUGGGGAUGGGGUGAUGGUUUGACUAGGUGAGCUUAGUGGUCUUUUCACACACACAGUAACUCCCAGACCCCAACAGGGUCUGGCUGCACAAGGCAUGGUGAUUGAGCUACCUGUGCUUUGGAUGGGUCUAUGAUUUCCCCUAGAUGUCUGCAUUCAUACAAUUUUUUGGUUGCUGGAUCAGAGAUAAUGAUGCUGUACUGGUGUAUUUGAAAGAAGCUGCAGAGUGCUUCCAGCCUUUGCCUAUAGUAAGACCCAAAAUCUGAGUGAAACAAAUGGCUAGGUGGCGUGGGUAGGAGCAGUUGUGUGGUUUGGGGCUGCAAAGUGACUUCUGGAACAGAGUACUCACAAGCCCAGUUCAGGAGCUGCCAGCAGGAGAGGUGAAUGUAAAGGAGUUGUUUAGAGGAGGAUAGAUGGAUUGACUGAUGCUUGGAGUCUACUUCUCAAAGGGAGAAGUUACAACUCCUGCAGGUAGGAGAUGGACAACUGCAAAGGAAGUGCUUCCUCUGCUGUUUGGAAGUGGGGACUCUUCCGCAUCCCUCUUGUAAGUUACAGUGAAACCCAUGCAAAUGCUAAUGGCCAAAUUCUGUUCUUAGUUACACCCAUGCAGCCUUCCUGAAGUCAGCAGUUGUCUGUUUUGCAACCAUUACCUGAUGCAAUAACUUCAGGGCUGUGUAUCUGGAAGGUUUAAGCCGUGCUUGCAUUCUCAGCUCCGUGACAGCGAACGCUGUCUGAUGUGAAAUUGUUGCAGUCUGAGUAAUUGGUGAUGAAUAAGUGAGGUCAGUGGCAUUUCACAGCAGUAGCACACAGUGCUGGGCUGGGGGUGUUCCUCCUCCUCCAAUACCUGUAAGCGCAAAGGGGCCCAGGACAGGCUGACCCUGGCUCUCCCUCAGGUUGGAAUGCCAUUUUCCCACAUCAGACACUCCCUGUGCUAAUUACACCCUUCUUAGACUCGCCCUUCAGCAAUUACUUGUCUAAGCCCUGCCUCAAGCUGACAUCACUGGAAAGUCCAAUAAAAAUACAACAAGCUUUCAAACCAUCCCAGGAAAGCAGAAUGGUGUAUCAUUAGUAGUAGUAUUUCAAUGCAGCUGUUUGCUGCUGAUUUGCUUAGCCUUAUCUCAUAAUAGGAAGAGUUUGGGCUCCCUCCUGGCAAAUGGCCUCCAGGGUCAGCAAAGCUCUUGUCUCUUCUUCAGUGAUGUGCUUGGCUCAAAGCGCUUUGCAGCGGCUCCUUUCUUUGCUUCUCUUUAACUCUUCUGCUCAGUAUCAAAUGCUUUCUGUUGGAGGUUCAAUCCUGAGCUUCCCAAACCUUGAGAUACCAUCCCUAUAAGUCACUGAUCAUCACCUUUGUUGCUUCUCACUGUACGUCAGCAUAUGUACAAUGUACAUCACCAAUGUGCAUCUGGGGGUGACGGGUUGAUGAUAGGACUAGAUGACCCUAGAUGCCUUUUCCAACCUUAACAAUUCUAUGCUCUGUAUUCCCUUUUUUUAUUCUUAUUUCAAGGUUGAUCACCUCCUUAAGAUAAUACAGAUAUUUUCAGAACUUGCAUUUGCUCGGGAAGAAAGGAAAGCAAGUGGCAACUUGCCGUUUCUACUCUAGUAUUAAAUGUGGAGGUUGGCAGCCCUGCCUGCAGCACGGGGGUGAUCCUUGAUGAUCCUUGACAUCC